ACUAAGUUCAAAAGAUGAAAGGCUGGACUUUCAAUAAAGACACAAUUUUCUCUUAACAUUGAGGACCUGCAACAUUCAGCGUUCUCGAUCUAUUUUUCAUCAUUGAAGUUAUAAUACAUCAACACAUAAUGAAAGUGGAAUAUUCUUCUACAGAAACAUUGCAAUUCUUGAAUAUUCUUAAAACUCUAGAAAUCAAACACUAUUUUUUUAUCUGGUAAAUAUACCAUUUUUGAAAUAACAAAAGAAUGGAAGUUGACUGGAUGCAGAAUUGAUGUUACUGUCAUUUUCUCCCUUGCAGGGAUGAAAAGACUCAUGGAAAAGAAAGUUAAGAAUGGAUGAGGAACAAAGAGAAAACCAAACUCAUGUCACUCUAUUUAUUCUCCUGGGAUUUCAAAAUUUGGAACAUCUGUGGAUCCUUCCAUUUCUGGUAUUCCUCUUUACCUAUAUUUUCACAAUGACAGGGAAUCUUCUCAUUUUUGUUCUUGUUGUGAUUGACCAGAAUCUUCACACACCCAUGUACUUCUUCCUUUGUAACUUGGCAUGCCUAGAGAUCUGCUACAGCUCAACUCUUAAUCCCAUACUGUUAACUACACUUUUAAUGGAUGGAAAGGCAAUUUCAUUCAGCAACUGUUUCCUGCAAUUAUUUUUUUUUGGCUAUUGUUUAGGGGCAGAAUGUUAUUUGCUAUCUGUGAUGUCUUAUGACAGGUACCUAGCCAUAUGUAAACCACUGCAUUAUGCAAUAGUUAUGAAUACUAGGAAAUGUGUCCAGUUAGCAGCAAUAUCUUGGACAAAUGGUUGCAUAGGCAUUUCUGUAAUAAUUACUGCAAUGCUGCAAUUAAAAUACUGUGGUCCUAAUGAAAUUGAUCAUUAUUUUUGUGAUUCUGUGCCACUUAAAGAACUUUCUUGCAGUGACACAUAUUUGGUGGAACAUGUUAAUUUAAUCUUAUUAUUUAUUUACACUAUGCCUCCAUUUCUAAUAACCUUGGCAUCCUAUGUAUAUAUUGUAACAGCCAUCCUAAGAAUUCCAUCCACUACUGGAAGGAAAAAGGCCUUCUCUACCUGUUCUUCCCACCUCAUUGUUGUUUCCAUUUACUAUGGUUCUUUAAUAACUGUGUAUCUUUUGCCACCAUCCUCGUCAAUGAACAAACUUUGUUCUCUUUUGUAUACAAUUCUUCCACCAUUGGUUAACCCCCUCAUAUAUAGCCUGAGAAACAAAGAUGUAAAGAAGGCUUUGAGAAGAGUAAAAAAUAAAGUAGCAAUUUUCAAUGUAAUCCAAAAUAUGUUGAGAAGCCUGGUUAAUGUUAAAAACAAAUGAAAGAAAUGUAGGAAGGAAAUUGGGAAGAAAGAGAGAAACAGAUACACAAGUGGAGGGGAUAGUCCUCUUUUCAUGUGAAUAAAAAUGUUUUCAGAAAAAGACUUUUUCCACUUCUUUUGGAAGGGGGGAACAGGAAAUUUUAAGAUCAUAUGUCUAUAUCUACACAUACAUGCACAUGCUUUAAAUAAGCAAAACUUAUUUUAGGGAGUAAAGUGCUCUUUGACUGAUGUCUUUGGACAAAUUAUCAAAAUUGAUCUCUCAAGUUAAAAUGUUGUAUGUGUGUGUGUGUGUGUGUAUUCACGUGUAUAGAAUAGUUUAGUUUUUAUAUACUUUUACUUCAAAUAAUAAAUAAUUGUACUGAGUAGUGAAGAAAAUGUUUUAUCGUUGUCAUAUUGAUCAUUACAAUAUUGUAUUGCAUAAAAUAAAAAAUACAAAUGUGUUUAAUGCAAAUAGAUCAGAACAAAAUAAAUGAGAUGUUUAUUUCAAUGUAUUUAUCAGUAUUCAACUAGGAAGAAUAACUUAUGUAUAUGUGUUUUUGUCUUUUGCUUUUUUUAAUGCAUUUUUUUUCUUUUCUAAUGUUUUGUCUAUCUUUGCUUUGUUUUUGUAAAAUUUCUUUUACUUUUUCUUUUUUUCUUUUUGGAGUUUGUAUUUUUACUUUAAUUUUCCAAAUAAAAUUUAUUCAAGAAUUUCAUCAGACAUUGAUUUGAUAUUGUCUAGAAAUAAAAUAAGGGUGACUUCCUCUGUGGAGAAUCAGAAUUUUAACCAUUCUAAAAAUAUUAUUUGCAUUGAAUUAUGCAAAUUUUAUCAAUAUUUUGCAGAAUGGGAAAUGUCUAUGAACAGGAUUUGCUUAGAAUACAAGAAAACAGUCAUAACAAUAUGGAUAAAUAUGAUAACAUGAUUGAAAGCAAAGUAGAUUAAGGAAUCGAAGGGGAAAAAAUAUUUCAGUUUUAUAUAAAGAAAUAAAAAUUGUUCUCCAAUCCA